UAUAUUUGGUGAAAUGUGAAAAUUGAUCUACUUAUUGGGGUCAAGGGUGCUUUAGCAAUUUGCAGAGUUGAAGACAUUAUAAACUUUAACAGGAAGGAGGCAGCAAAUCAGCAGCAAUGGAGAACCGUGCGAUUCUGAGGGAGUGGUUCGACCGAGUUGACUCCCAGAGAACCGGAAAUAUCACUGCAACUCAGCUCAAGAGUGCUCUUGCCGUCGGAAACCUUCAUUUCCCGGUAUCCGUGGUUCAGCAAAUGAUCAGGAUGUAUGAUUUCGACAGAAAUGGAACUAUGAGCUUUGAAGAAUUUGUGCAACUUAACAAGUUUCUUCUCAAGGUUCAACAGGCAUUCUCAGGCUUGGAAAGGGAACGUGGAUAUCUUGUUCCUGAUGAAGCAUAUGAGGCAUUAGUGAAAAUUGGAUUCUCUCUUGACUCCCCAGCUUUUUAUACCGUUUGUGAGAGUUUUGAUCAAACAAGGACCGGCAAACUCAGGCUUGAUGAUUUUAUAUCUCUUUGCAUAUUUGUACAGUCAGCCAGGAACCUGUUCAACUCGUUUGAUACAAGCAAGCAAGGCAGGGUGACUCUUGACUUCAACCAAUUUGUUUACUGCGCUUCAAAUUGCAGAAUAUGACGGAGCACGCUUAUGUUAUUUGAGAAGGUGAAGUUGACAUAGGGUAUAUGGGGUGAUUGUGUGUGAUUCCCCUGAGGUAGUGAUGGAUUGUAUGAUGUGAUGCAUGAGUCUGUAUUGACUUGUGGUUCAACUAUUUAUUGUAUCGUCAUGUUGGACAUGGAGUGGGAGACAGGGUUUUAGCCUAGCCUAGUGGUCUGACAACAAAGAAAGGCUUGAUCAUUGGUGUUGUGUUAGAUUAAAUGAGAUACUUAUUUGUUUAUGAAGAUUCUACAGACAGUAAACUAGUACCGAGUUAUUUAUGUGUA